AUGGCGAGCGAUCGCGUCGACGACGACAACACGUGCACGCAGCGGCGGUUCCAUGAGCGCCCGUUCAGCCACAAUUGCCCGCAGGAUAAGUGGGUUAAGCGCCCUCACAGGUGCCAGAGCUGGGGCUCCGAGGCGGACGCGCGGGAUAAGCUGUUCAUGCACCUGCGCUGGAGCGACAAGCACAAGAGCGAUGUGGAUGGCAUGGCGGGCGAGGAGCUCAAGGAGUUCGCGCUGGCGGUCGAGGUCGAUUAUCGCACCAUCAGCAAGAAGGACGACGAGCACAGGCGUUGGAUGAAAUGGGAGGCGGAGAAGCAGGAGAACAAGAGGCUGGCUGCAGAAGCCAUCGACCGCAAGCAGCACGGCGACAAGGCCCGCCGCGCCGACGACGACAGGAACCGCCGCGACGACGACAGGGACCGCGACAACAAGAGGGCUCGUCGUGGUCGUUCUGGCAGCGGCGUCGACGCGGAGCAGGUCGCUGAGUUGGGCAGUGGUGCCAUCGUGGACAACGCCGCGAGGGUGGCCAUGAGCCUCGGCGAGCUCAAGGCGCUCCAGGACGACGUCAAGCGGUGCAGCAGGGCGUCGAGCCAGAUGUUGCGCUUCCUGGAUGGCGCCAGGGUUGCGUUCUCGAACGAGCUGCAGACGUUCAACGACGCCGACGAGACCAUCCAGCAGCUCAUCGAUGCGCACUUUUCGGCGGUCGCGGCUGAGCGGCAUCUGCAGUGGCUCGUUUUCUUCUCUUCUCAUUACCAUCGUGAGGCGCUACUCACCGUCGACGCGGACACGGCCACGAAGCUCGUCGACGAGCGCCUGGCGAUCGCGGCUCAGGCGCGCGCUGCCCAGGACGGCGAGAGGGACAGGCACGCCAACCAGCGGCGUGAGGCGCUACUCACCGUCGACGCGGACGCGGCCACGAAGCUCGUCGACGAGCGCCUGGCGAUCGCGGCUCAGGCGCGCGCUGCCCAGGACGGCGAGAGGGACAGGCACGCCAACCAGCGGCGCAGCGGCGUGACCGCUUGGCACCCGGCCCCCCUCCCCCGCACCUCUUCAGGCGAUGCUACUGAUGCAGCGGACGCAGCGCAGGUCAUCGCCAACGCGAUGGUGGCGACCUUGCCCAGCUUCUCCGACGACGGCCCUGCUCCCAUGGCACCAGUGGCAGCUCAGAGCGCGCUGCGGUCGCUCUUCCAGCGCCAGGCCGCGGCAGGCAGCCAGGAGACGCCAACCGAAAAGGCGGGGGGCGCUGUCGCAGGCAGCCUUCAGCCAGCAGCAGGCGAGCCUGUCGGCGAACCCGCCGACGCGCCCGUCGCCCGCGCUCCCGAGGUCGCGCCAGCAGAAUCCCCGAGCGACGCCCGCCCGCCCUGUCCGCCCCAGCCCGAGGCAACCAGGGAGGCGACAAAGCCUGGCAAAGAGGCAACAAGGGAUACCCCGCCUGACAAAGAGGCAACAAAGGAAGAGGCUGAAGAGGAGGCGGGCGAGGAGGCUGAAGAUGAGGACGCGCCAGUGGAGCAGCUGUCGGACGACGACAAGAGGGGGGAAGAGGUUGAGGCCCUGCUCUCGCAGGGCGACCCGAAAUGCUCCAUGCGCAAGAAGGAAACGAAUUCGCUUGCACAGGGUUGUAAGAUCACCCAUGGCGGCACGGCCAUCACGUGUGCCACGUGCAGGGUGCGCGACCAAACACUUCGAAGGAUUUUCGGCGGGUGGCCGAUUGCGGAGUUCGACGAGCUCACCACGGAGGAGCAGGAACACUUCUACCAGAAUUGCGGGUCAGCCGCUGCUGCUUGCCGCGACGCGAUGAAGAUGGUGCUGGUGAAUGUGCGCAUGAUGCGCAUCACGGAGACCCACGCUGGGCAAUUUCUGCCCUUGUCUGUGUACGAGAAGCUGGGAUACAGCACGAAAGAUAUUGAGGAGAAAACGCAGGCUGCUGACAUCGAGGAUCACCCAGUUCUCGGGAAGACGUACCGAGUUCAGAUCCACGAGAUCUCGGAGGCCAGGAUCAAGGAGGUCAUCAUGCAGGAGAUAGCUAAGAAAGUUGGCCGCAAUCGCAAGCGCAGAGCGUCAGCCUUCCUGGAGGGCACGAAGGGCAAGAAGGGAAAGAAGGGCAAGAAAGGCAAGAAGGACAAGAAGAACAAGAAGGACAAUAACGAUGACGAGGAAGAGCUUUCAGGGUCUGACGGGGGCCUCAGCCCAAAGGAGCUUGCGGCCAAGCGCAUGGCGAAGCUCGCAGCAGAGAAGAAGGCGGCCCGCGAGGCUGAGAAGAUUCAGAAAGCCAUGAACAGGGAGAUGGCCAAAGAGGCGCCGACGACGUACACUGAGGGGGCCACCAAAAAGCAGAAGUUUCUGAAUGAUGUUGUGGAGUAUUGCAACAAGUGCCUGGAGGACGAGGAUGUCGCCCCAGACGUCAAGGAGGAGGGGGUUAAGACGGCUGUCAACUACAUGACAGCGUGGAUGAAGAAUAUCGAGGCUGCUUUCGAGACGCAGUCGCACGCAUUGGCUCCGCUGGUUGCCUCGUUUAAAGCGUCGAACGCGGCAGUGAUCGGCGUCGCGCGCUGCCUGAAGGAGCAGCCAGAUAUCAUUGACGACAUGGCGAAGUGGAGUGUCAGAAAGGCUCACGAGGAAUUCGCAUCAGCAUUUCUGGAUGCGCCAAUACAGCUGAACUUGGCAAGCGGCGCGGCCUCCGACAUGCCCGUCGUCAAUUUCGCCAGCCUCCUUCAACACUGCGCUUCCGAAUAUGCGAGCUUCAGAAAUUUGCCGCCCACAACUUUAAGAAAAUUCCCGUGCCCCCCAGCGGCGCCGCUGGACUUCAUCUUGCACUUCGAUGAGUUCGUGCCAGGCAGUGUCUUGCGGCAAGAUAACAAACGCAAGGCGCUCUCGUUUUACUGGAGCUUCCGCUCCUUCGGCCCUGACGCGGCGUCGAGCGAGGACGCUUGGUUGCCUCUCGCUUUUGUUCGCCACACAGUGGUCGAUAAGGUUGCUGGCAAGAUGUCUGGAGUCGUUCGCCAACUGUUGCGACGACUUUUGAUUGGCCCAGACAGCGCGUCGCAGAGGGGCAUCCUCAUUGAUGGCAUUGGGCCUGGCGGCGCCCCUGCGCUCAUCUUCUGUAAGCUGUCGAACCUGCUUUACGACGAAGAUGGCGCUAAAAAUGCCUUGUGCUUGAAGGGCGCCGCUGGCGUAAUUCCUUGCGAUCUGUGCAAGAAUGCGCGCGGCAUCUACGACCACUCGGAGCCCCUGCUGUCAGCGCGUGACAGGACGAGCACGCCGGUGCCCGUUUCGUGCUCCGAUCCCAACCUGUUCGACGCGCGCGCCGCGGAGGACCUGUUCUUCUCCGCGGACCUGCUCCAGCGUCUGCAAGCCACGCUGCCCAAGGGCGCGUUGGAGGAGCAUAGCAAGAUGCACGGCGUUAAUCACGUGCCAGAUGGUUUGCUAUUGGACGCUGAGCUUCGCCAGCACGUGUCGCUGGACAUGCACGCGUACGACCCAGCGCACUGCAUGAUCAUAAAUGGGAUCGCUCAGAUUGAACUGAGUGAGCUUAUGUGCCGCCUCGCUGCCGUCGGCCAGACGUUGGAGCGCUUCAGGGACAUCGCCAGCGCGCAGUGGCAGACUUGCAGCUCUUCAGGGACCAGCGGCAAGCUGGACGCCAACGGGCUUUUCAGCGGCCAGCGGCAAAAGCACUUGCAGACCAGCAAGAAAUACAGCGCCAAGGCGAGCGAGAUCAUCGCGGCCGUUCUGCUCAUUCGGUGCGCUCUCGAUGUACUUACCACUGGGUCCGCUCAGUUCAAGCUGGACUUUGCAGAGGAACUGGCUUCCUUUGCCGCGCUGGCCAAAUCAAUUUCUCUGUAUUUGCUGGCCAAGAGGGGCGCGGCUGUGGCAGAUGCUUGGGCCGUGGCGCUCCGCGACCACGCCGCGGCUUUCGAGUCUGCGCGCGGUGAUUGCGGCAUGUACAUCCCGAAGUUUCAUUUCUGCAGGCACCUGCCGCGACAGGUGUUCAGGGAUGGGUUCGCACUUGGUACGCUUGUGACGGAGAGAUACCAUAGAAAAUCACUGCGGAACGCUGAAUUCAUCGACAACACGCGCCUCGGCACCUUCAUGUCGCUGCUGCGCGACCCGCGCGUGGACUACGAGGCGCGGGCCGCGCACCUCCGCUGCCGCGCCUUGCGGGUAUUGGGCGAGCUGCAGGCGCUCUCGGCGCUGCACGUCUUUAUGGAGGCGGACCUGGAGGCCGAGGCCCACAACGGCUUGCGGCCCAUCCACCUGGCGGUGCUGAAGGGGUCUGCCGAGAUGGUCCAGGCCCUGCUCGACGUGCGCAGCGACCCGUCGGCCAAGGUCGUGCUGCCUUGCGGCGUCGAGGUCACGCCGCUGCUGAUGGCGAUUGCGGGAUCCAGGCCGCACAUUCUGAGCCAGCUGGUGAGCGAGCUGCCGCCCGGGGAGCUGUCGGCCAGGGUGUCCCAGUUCGAGUCCUCCCUUGCGCUCGUUGCCGGGCGGAUGUCGGAGGACCACGAGGCCGAGGGGGAGGAGCUCUGGAGGUGCACUCCGGUCAACGGCGCCCCGCUGGGCGUGCGCGCGAGCCCGGGCUUCGACACGGAGGCCCGCAGCACCGUCUUGGAAGACGGCGAGCUGUUCAGAGUGGUGAAGACCGUAGCCGGGCCUGGCGACGUGUUGUUCCUGAAGUUGGCUGGGGACCUGGGCUGGGUCUUCUCCUCGAAGCCUGGAGUGGGCACGAUGUGCACGAAGGAACCCAGCGGCAGCGAGUUCUGGAAAUGCACACCGGCGAACGGGAGACCCUUGGAGGUCCGCUCGGCUCCUCGCCUAGAGGCGACGAAGACCGGCGAGAAGCUCAAGCCUGGAGCGAUCUUCAGGGUGACGGGCACGCUUCGAACAGACGUUGGCGUCUUGUUCUUGAAACUCGCCGACCACAAGGGAUGGGUCUUCAAUCAUUUACCAGGUGUUGGCCUCAUGUGCUCAAAGGGCGGGGUCGACACGGUCCGACUGACGUACUUGCACUACGCUGCAUCACGGCGCAAUGUCGCCGCUGUGGAGGUGCUGAUGAGGGCCAAGGCCGACCCCGACACACCUAACUCUCGCGGCAGGACACUGCUCCAAGAGGCUGUCAGAAACGCCUGCCCAGAGCUUGUGCUAUUCUUGGUGCAGCUCGGUGCUGAGACCAAGCACGUGUUUUCUGACAUACGGCGGACGCAGAUUCGCGGAGACACGAUGUUGCUCGAUAAGAUGUUGAAGGUGGCCCUCAGCAAGAAGGUCCAGAGGAUGAAGGAUUGGCUUGAUCUGCGAAUGGGCGGCCUUGGUCUUGCCAGCAUGGCCGGCGUCGCGCUGCCCGUGGCCGUGGGUGCUGGCGCCCUCUUCCAGAGCGCGUCCCACGGGGGGGGCGGGGGCAAACCGCCCCGAGACGUCCACGCCGCCGCCGCUUCUCUGCGCUGGCACGGGUCUGCGUUCGUGCCGGGCACGGCCGGCGUCCGCGGGUCCGUGGCGGCUUCCUGGCAGCCCACCGGUGCGCAGAAGGCGGAGCAGGGCGGCGACCUCGCCUCGAAGGCCACCACCGGGCUGCUCGCCAUCGCGGCGGCCGCGGUCGGGGGGGCAGCCGUGCGGCGCGCGGCGCCGAAGAGGUCGCAGGUGGCGACGAAGGCUGUGCGCCGCGACUUGGCAGUGGCGUACGAGGACUCAGGCAUCGACCUCCUUGACAACGGCCAGUUCGCCCAGGGCCUGGUGGGCGCCGAGGGCGCCUGGGGUCGCUACGAGUUCGACCCGGCCGGCUUCAGCAGGUACACGGAGUUUGUGCCGUGGUUCCGCGAGGCCGAGUUGAAGCACGGCCGCAUCUGCAUGCUUGCCUGGGUUCCGCCCCGACGCGCUGCCUGCACGGCCUCGGAUCCCGUCAGGCGCUUCAUUAAAGUUAUGCUCGAGAGCACAAUGUGGUCGCAGUGCAGUAUACGAGUUGAAACAGAAGCCAGAAGGUGCAGUCGUGGCCAUCGGUAG